AUGUCGGGCUCCGGGUACGACGCCGUGGUCGAUGUGGACGAUGAGGUACGUGUCGCGAUGCCCAGGACGAGGGGGCUCGAGCAAACGCCCGACCGGGCGAAUGUCGCCGUUUCUCCCGAAUCCUUCUUUUACUUCUCCAAUGAUGGCGACCUCGGUCACACGGACCUGCAAGAAGACGGCCUCGAAUUCCACAACUCGACGUUCCAGGAGGGCACGCGCGGCGGGCGCAAGGGCGGCAACUCGCCGGGCCUGCCGCUGCCGGUGACAGCCUCGUCAUCCUCCCCCUCGUCGAAGCGCUUCCUAUGGUCCAUGUCCUUUUACGCGCAAUUCUUCGACGUGGACACGUCGGCGGUGCUGUCGCGCUGCGGGGCGGCGCUGUUCCCGCGCGCCAACUUUCUAGACGUCCUCGACGGCAACCCCGACCUGUACGGCCCUUUCUGGAUCGCCACGACGGUGGUGCUCAUCCUGUUCCUGGGCGGCAGCAUCAGCCAGUGGCUGGCGACGCGGGGCACGGUGCCCUUUGCCUACGACUUUCGCCUCCUCAGCGGUGCCGCCGGCCUGGUGUACGGAUACACGCUCUUCAUUCCCGUCGUGCUCUUCCUCGCGCUGCGCUACUUUGGCAGUGAGUCGGCCAACCUGCUCGAGUGCUGGGCCCUGUACGGCUACGCCAACCUCAUCUGGGUCCCCGUCGCCUGUAUCAGCUGGUCGCCCAUCUCCAUUCUCAACUGGACAUUCGUUGCCGUCGGCUUCGGCCUCUCCGUCGCCUUUUUGCUGCGCAACCUCUACCCCGUCCUCAGCGCCACCGACCGCCAGACGAGCAAGGUGCUGCUCAUCAUUGUCGUGGCGCUCCACCUGGGCCUCUCGCUGGCUAUCAAGAUUCUCUUCUUUGCGCACGGCAGCCCCGUCGCCAAGAAACCGGAGCAGGGUGGUGGCGAGGAUGCGAGUGGCGGCGGGAAGUUGUUCCUUUUCUAA